UGUUGGGGUCGCAAGUUUGUCUGAGUCUGACGAAAUGUGUCAAGGUUAUGUCUGGUAUUACCCGGUAAUGGAUGUGACAAUUUGUGGAUCAACUUAUCCAGUGGAAGACGCCUUUAUCGACUUUGGUAUCACAAAAUAUCACAACACAACUACAUCAUUUGGUCGAGACACAAUUCAAAUCGAAGAACCAACAUCGCUCCAAGGAGAGUUUGAAACAGUUUUGAACACAAGAUUUAAUUGGAGCUCGGAAUUUCGCCAACUUUUAGAAACAAAGAGGCGCUACAGUCUUCAUCAAUCGAUCUGUUUCACUUACACGCAACGAAUGACAAAUUCUGUCGUGCAUAAUUCAAAGAUCUCUUAUCCAAACGUGGCGGAAAGCAGGUUAUACAAAUCACCACGAGGUCCGCCAUGUACGGGGAAAAAGCGUGAAUCUAUGCCUGAUGUGGGGGUGGUUGUGAGAGGACAUACAAUUUUCAGCAUUUUUGGGCUAUUAGUCGCGUAUUUUCUUGUAAACUAGUGUUUAUGCAUUUGC